AUGGGUGCAAAUGCGCGGUCAUGUUUCGUCGGAGAUGAGCAUGAAGCAGAGAGAGAGCGGUGCUUGAUGGUGAUUAAAAUGCUGAUCGUCAUAGCUGCUGUCUAUGCUCUUUUUACUCUUCCUUAUCACGUGACCUGGUUGUGCGGCGUGUUUGGUUAUCCGAACUCCGUUGCUAAGAAACUUUGCGUUCUUCUCGUGAUUGCUACAAGUGCUGCUCAUCCGAUCAUCUACGGCACACUAAAUCAAGAAUUUGCUAAAGGAUUUAAAGCGUUUUUCCGAUGUUUAAAAACGAAGCAAUUAGGAGAAACUCGUCAGAAGACGUUUGAAAGAAGAGUGAAAAAUAAGACGCUGAACAAGACAUACCGAUUUUCUUGCCCAGUGACGUCGAGGGAGAAUGGCGACCGUGAACUACAGCCUGCAAAAAAUGAACCAGUCGUACAGGAUAUAGUUACGUGUCUGUGA